GUUAUCAAAGCUGAAAUUAUGGUGGAUCCUCAUACUCGUGAAUCUCGUGGUUUCGGUUUUAUUCGUAUGGCUAACCCUGAUGAAGCUGAUAGAGCCAUGCAGGGUGUUAGUGGUACCGAGAUUGAUGGUCGUAUAGUUACCGUCGAGAAGGCCAAGCGAUCCAGACCCAGAACCCCCACUCCUGGUCGUUAUUUCGGCCCACCUAAGAGAGGAGGACGUAAGUAAUCAAUUGACAGAGAAGAAGAAUUCGACAAACUGUUGCAACUGAUUCUAAUUUAAUCUUUAUCAUCAACUUGAAUAGCCAGAGACAGAAGAGAUCACAGACCCCCUCGUGGUGAGCCCAGAUAUGAUCGUUAUUAUGACAGAUAUAUGGAUCGCUAUGAUCCUCCCAGAUAUGAUCGUUACGAUCGUUAUGACAGAGAUCGGUAUGACCGUUUUGAUCGCUAUGAUCGCUAUGAUCGCUAUGACCGUUAUGACCGUCGUCCUCCACCACCAAGAUAUGAUCCUUAUCCCCCUCGUACUCGUUCACCUUAUUAGAAGAAACGAAAAAAAGAAGAAUUUAAUCAGGUUAAAACAGUAUAAAGCUACAAAAAAA